CGCGGCACUGAAACGACAUCGUUAUUUUCAUAAAGAGGCCCGCGAACGACUGCAUUAACUCUUUCGUUAAUUAUAUACUAUAAUAAGAAGGAAGAGAGAAAAAAGGGAAACUGUAAUUUGAAUUAAAUCUUUGAUUCACCAUUUUAAUUUAUUAUUCAUUUAUCUCCCUCAUCGAGACUUUAAUUUGAUUUGGUAUCCGUAUUUCGCUCGAGUUCAUUAUUUCUAUAAGCUGAGUUAGUAUUUUGGGUUUUUCCCCCCGUAAUUUUCUUAUUUUUUGUUGUAAAAUUCAAAAUUGCAAAAUAUAUUUUUGGUGCUACCUUGUAUCUUUAAAUUCAAAACCUGUACUUUCUUGGGAAAUGGCUUCGAAUUUUGAUAGAUGGGAAAAAGAUCCCUUUUUUUCCGCUGCAGAAGAGGUUCAAGAAUCUGCCGACCGGAUGGAAUCUACUUACAGAACAUGGAUUCGUGCAAAGAAGGAUAGUUCUGCUGUUUGGAAUUCCAAUGACCUUCAUAGAGGUCUUCAAACUACGCUCGCUACUGCGAAGUGGCAGUUGGAGGAAUUUGAGCGGGCAGUGAAUUUGAGUUAUAGUAGUAGUAUUUCAGCUGAUGAUGCAAAAGAUAGGCACCGGGACUUCAUUCAUGCUAUUGAGAGUCGGAUUUCAGAGGUUGAAAGCUCUCUAAAUGAAUCUACAGUCUCACAGGGCAAGGUACCUGUGCCUUUGGUUCAAUUAAAUGAAGGAGAACGCAAUGAGCUCGCCUUAUUUCUUUGUGGACCACCACAAUCUUCCACGGAUAAAAUUAUGGCCAAUGUUCAUAGUAUGGACCAGGGAAUGGAGUACUCGGAAGAGUCUUGUAAACAGUCAAUGCCUGAGUGUUUGAGGAAUUCAGCUAAUUUGAUGGAGUGGGGUCGAGUGGAGGCUAAGGAGGAGAAGUUGCCAGGGCAUCGGAGGACAGCUAGUGCCAGUGCUGACAUUGGCUCCUGGAAUAUUGCAGUGUCUGAUGGCGCUUUACUCCAUAGUUCCUCUAGUGAACUACCUGGUCCCCCACCUAGAAAGAUACCUAGCUUUUCAGGGUUGUUAAAUACGAUGGAAUCAUCUGUGUCAAAGUUGAAGUGCUUUAAGAAUGGUUACAGGAAGUUAAACCUUACCGAUCACCACCAAGAAGCUGAUAAUGCAUUACCUCAAACUCAAAACCUGACCAGAGGCAUCAAUGUAUGUUAUGAGAAGAGUAAAAGCUGCCUUGAUGGUUAUGAUGAUUAUUAUGACAAGCAACUAUAUGGUUGGUAUGGAGCCAUCCAGAGACAGGUCCAGAGGUCUCAAUAUCAAAUGCAAUAUAGUCGACCUGUUCAAGUUGCCUUGUCCACUAUUCUCCUUCUUUGCUUGAUUGGUGAGCCUCAUAAUUGAUGUUUUCUUUUCUGCUUCUAUAGAUAUUUAUCAUUUCUACGAUUUCUCAAGGAAUAAAUUCUGAAUUGAGCCAAGUUUGUGGUCUGGUGAUGGUUGCCACUUUUCUUGCUAUUGAUUUCAAAGGACCCCAGCAGUUGAUCACCAAUAUAUAUAAAUAUAUAUUUUUUACGGUCUGGGAUCCCCUCUUCAUAAAUUUGACCACUUUUUGUUGCAACAAGAAUGGAUAUUGUUGUUAUGUCAUGUGUGGUCUUAUAUUUAUGUCAUUGAAUUAUAAGCUGGACUUCUUGAGAAUUUUCUGGUACAUGCCUGUGACAUAUCCGCUUGAUGAUGAAUCUUGCAGAUGCUCAAGCUUUACAUGUCUGUUGAUGGACUUGUUCGUACUCUAAUUUCACUGCUACUACAGCAUUAUUUAUAUUUUGAUUUACAAUGUAGCUAUAUUUGUAUUUUUUUCCUGGUUGUCUGUAGCUUUUCUUGACGGAGGAGGUCUCUGUGGCUUAUCCAUGGAGAAGUAUUGAAAUAUGCAUAAAAAUAAAAAAUGAAUCUGUAUUUCUGGUUUAUUUUCGUGCUUGCAAAACCCUACAUUUGGUUCACAACUGGUCUGGAAACUUUAUGUUGUAGACAUUUAAAUAACUAUGUCUAAUGGCUAGCAAAUAGCUAUGCAGUUCCAUGUGGCUUAGUAUUAUGACCAUUUUUCUUUUGUUGCCUGAAUUUGUCAAGAGAUAUUGAGGUGUAGUGUUUAAGCAUUGUGCGUGCCCAACCAUUUUACAUAUCAUGAGCUAGGGUGUAAAUAUUGUUAAAAUUUUAGAAAAUUGUGGAAAGUGAAGUGAAAUAUAAAAUUUAAAUUUCUGCAAAAUCUGCAACUGACACCAUCUACAACAUGACAGUUUAUAUAAUAAUAGCUGUCUUAACAACAAUGAGCAGGAACAAUUUCAAAUUUUCUUUAGUGUUAGACUAGCAACUGAUAAUAAAAUAUUCUUUUAAGUGGGAAGCUAAAAUAAUUGAUGUACUUGAAGUAGCAUAAGACUUGUUUUCUAUCAAAGAUAAGGACAGUAAAUAAUCUUUUUUAAUCUUGAACAUAAUAUUCACAGUAACAUAUUUCAUACA